AGAAAAACCAAAUACAAAAAAAAAACCCCCCCCCCCGGAUUUCUAUGUUAUGCGAUGAUCGAGUUGUGGGUAGCGUAUUGCUCCUCUUCCUCUUCCUCUUCCUCUUCUUCUUCUUCAGUUCAGCACUUGAUCAAUCGCACGAAACGAAACGGCCGGCGUAUGUAAGUAAGUCUGCGGUGCGUGUUAUGCUUGUGCGGUGCGCGUUGUGCGGGUGGUGCGGGUGUGUGGGUUCCGCAGGCAGGUAGAUGAGAUGCGCGGCGCGAUGCGAUGCGAUGGGCAGGCACACAGCAGGUUUCUGCAAUAUUGUGCAAUAGAAAAUAAAAAAUAAAAAAUAGAAAUACGACUGAUCCUCCUCCAGUGCGCAGUGUUGAUCGCUGACCGAAUACCGAAUGCUUCCUAUGGCAAUAUGGAAUAUGGAAUGGGCGUGGAAUAGGUAUUUCCAGGAAUACGGUACUGCUCGCUCGCUCGCUCGCAAUACUAGUAGAGUAAACAGCGGUUCGUGAUGUCGGUGCCGGUGUCGGUGUCUAGCGGUAGCAGGCCUGCACUUUGCUUUGCGGUUGCUGUGCACGGAGGGAAAGGAAACGGGAAACGACUGCGGGUGUGUGAGUGUUGCUUGCUCACGGACGUACGAGCGCGUGCGGGGGGAAGGAGCGACUGAACGAGCGUGUGCGACUGAGCGAGUGAGCGAGUGAGGGAGGGGGAUGGAGGAGGAGGCGGCGAAGGAGGAGGAUGAGAGGACGAAGGAAGGGGGGGGGAGGGGGGUUCGAGCGUGCAGGA